CUUUAACACUUAGUUUUUUUUUCCAGGCUGGUUCGGGACAAGACACUUCGUCACUUUAAUGCUGUCUCUUGGCAUGGCCAAUGCCUAUGUUAUGAGGACCAACAUGUCCGUAGCUAUUGUAGCUAUGGUGAACCACACAGCUAUUGCCAUUGAUGACGCCGCCGCAACAGACAAUGUAGCUGUGUCUGAAUGCGGCGUAACUAUUGACAAGAAUUCUUCGUUAACAUCACCUGAAGCUGACGGUCAAUUCGUGUGGCAAACCGAUAUACAAGCCUACGUUCUGUCCGCAUUUUUCUACGGAUACGUUUUGACGCAAAUCCCAGCAGGAAUUUUGGGCAAAAAAUAUGGGAAUAUCCGCUUUUUGGGCAUCGGGAUGCUGAUCAACUCGGUGUUUGGUCUGCUCGUGCCCAUUGCGGCCGAAAUGGGCCUCGGAUGGCUGCUAACUGUGAGAUUUAUACAAGGAUUAGGCGAGGGUCCGAUUGUUCCGUGCAGCCACGCUUUACUUGCAAAGUGGAUCCCCCCUAACGAGAGGAGCCGCAUGGGUUCGUUCGUAUACGCAGGAGCGCAAUUGGGUACUGUCAUCUCCCUGCCUCUUAGUGGGCUCCUUUCGGUCUCACAAUGGGGCUGGCCUGCAAUCUUUUACGUUUUUGGAGCUGUUGGCACCGUAUGGUGCAUCACCUUCCUGAUCUUCGUCAAAGAAGAUCCCGAAUCCCAUCUUACCAUGGAUCCGGUUGAAAGAGAAUAUAUCCAGAAGUCUUUGGGCACUAUCGUGGGAAACACUAAGACUCCACCGACUCCAUGGCUGGAUAUAGCAAAGUCCUUACCUUUCUGGGCCAUUCUUUUGGCCCAUAUGGGCUACAAUUACGGCUACGAGACCCUGAUGACCGAACUGCCCACUUAUAUGAAGCAAGUUCUCCACUUCAGUAUUAAAGAUAAUGGCUUUCUAUCAGCUUUGCCCUACUUGGCCAUGUGGAUUUUCUCCAUCAUGGUCAGUCAGAUCGCCGAUUGGAUGCUGACUAAGACCUACUUCAGCUCAACUCUAGUCAGGAAAAUUUUGAACAGCAUCGGCCAAUUUGGACCGGCAAUCGCUCUGUUUAUUGCUGCUUUUACUGGAUGCGACAAAUGGGUAACAGUCACCCUUCUCACCAUUGGGGUCGGUUUGAACGGGGGUACCAAUUCAGGCUUCAGAGUGAACCAUUUGGAUAUUUCUCCGCAAUUUGCCGGCAUUCUUAUGUCUUUCACCAACUGUAUGGCCAAUAUUGUAGGACUGAUGGCACCCAUUUAUGCCGGAUUUAUGAUCAAGGGAACGCCCAGCGUCGAAAAGUGGAGGAUUGUCUUUAUAACAGCAUCUGGAGUUUACGCGUUUUGUUGUACGUUUUAUUUGCUCUUUGCAUCUGGUGAAAGACAACCGUGGGACAAGCCUCAAGAAGAAGAUAAAGAGCAAAAAGAACAAAAAGAACGUAUGGUUUGAUGCAUGAAAACUAGCUGGAAGCCAAGUUUAGUUUCUCGUUAUCAAUCAGACAAAACAAAAAAUCUCCAAUAAAUGCUAUUGAAAGACCUCUAGACUAAAAACGCCAUUAUGUUUAACUAAUUUUCUAGCGGCAGAUUCAUGCCGAAGUGAAGUGCAUAAUUUUCAGGACGAUAAACUAAUAUGAAUCAAGUGUUUUGAGAGAAAAUUGCACAUGUUUGUGAUUGCGAUAUUAUUUAUAUGUAUAUGCCUUAAUUAUGCUCAUUAUUUGGAUGUUCAUGAAUGGGUUGUAGGUAAAAUAUACACAUAUUUUUAAUAAGAGAAGAACUGUGAGUGUUAAUGAAGUGAUUUAAGUAAGUCUACAUUUUCAGUUAUAAUUUAGGUACAACAUACAUAUAUUUUUGUUAUCAUAUGUCACCCUUUAUAUGGUACUUGUUUAUUUAUAUUUAUAUUAUGAACAUAAUACAUUUUAUCUUCAAAUAUCAGACGCCUUGAUCAGAGUGUUGAUUCGGUUUUAAGCUCAGUCGAAAAGAAAUUGCAUGUGCGUAAAGUACACAAUUUGCAUAAAGUGGUUUUAUUUUUUCAACAUGGCAAAUUUUGUAUUUAAAAUUCUAUAGAAAAUCCUGGCGAUUUAUAUUGUGAAACCGGGUUUACUAAACUCAUUUUAGGACAAUUUACAGCAGCAAAAUCAUUGCCAUUGUUUUGAACUUGCAUAAAAUGUAGCAACACUCUUUAUAAUAAAUUGUACUAGAUUUUAUAAAAUUGAUGAAAAUAAAUAUUUUUCUACGAA